GAUCAUUUUGAUUUCUUAGCAGGUCUUAUACACGCCACAUAUAUAUUUUGAAUUACAAUGUUUUCAAAAAAUAUUGUACUACUUUUGUGUGUUGUGUGUUUUAUAGUGAAAAAUAGUACCGCAGAUGAUGAAAAGAUAGCUGAUGAAACUUCUACGGUGAUUAAAGGUACAAAUCUGAUUGACUUCGGAACCGUGCAAUGGCAAGAGUUAUUUAACAAAUACGACAUCAUUACCGAUAGUGAAGGUUCUAUCUCCACAGAGGAUUUACAGAAAUUAGUAUUCAAAGAGUUCAACGGAGUCCUCACCGUUCGCCAAGCAAAGACAUAUAUACAUUUAAUUAACUUAAAGCAAAGCUAUAGAAUAGGAUUGGAACAGUUGGACAAAAUGAAACCGAUAAUAUUUGCUUUGUCACAGAGAGAGAUGUCAGUGGAAUAUAAUGAUGAAGAUGAAAUAACGAGAGGAUAUUUCGUAUCGGAAAUAACGGAAGGAUUUAAAAAAUUAUUCUCAAACAAGAAAGAAGUUUUAGAAGUACUCGAUCUUCUUAAUGUUCAAAACGAAAGUUUUCCAAUGCAAUCGACGAAGUACGAGGAAAUAGUUAGAAUGUUGUUUGCUUCGGUAAAGGUGGAAAACAUUUACAAAGGGUUUUGUAAAGGGGACUUUAACAAGAAUGGCGUUAUUAACUAUGACGACUUGGUUAAAGCAGUCGGUGAUCCAAAUAAAGCCGAUCUAAUUAUGAAGAAACGAGAUUAUAACCGCGACGGUGUUAUUGAUUUAAACGAAUAUAUGAUAAUGGCUUGUAAUGAUGAUAUGGUGUUCAGUAAACCACAUAUUGCAGUCUUUUAAUUAAACUCUUCUCUCGGCUCAAGAAUAUCACAAAUUGUUUGUCAAAAUAAUAAUAUUAAGAAAUACAUUAUGCACAAGAAUAUUAAGUACAUUUAAUGAAUUUUUAAUACAUAUAUUUCAAUAGAUGUAAACGGUUGUCAAUAAUCAAUAGGUUAUUUAAUUAAUUUGUGUAACUGCUGAAGAUUUAAUAAAUAUAAUAUAUGUAAUAAAA